AUGGGGAGGGUGGAGUGGGUUACGGCCCAGGUGCGGGAGAGGAAGUCGAUGGUUGGGGAGGGGGUGGUGAUGGUGGUGGGUGAGGGGGAGUAUUUGGAGGGUUGGUGGAGGGUUAUGGGUGACAUUUUUGGUGUCAAGCCAACUCUUCAUGCGGCUUCGGCGACAUCUCGGCCGGCUGCGGUUACACACACAGAGCCGCUAGAGCGUUCCGGUGGUUAG